UAUACUUAUCUAUGGUGGUACGUGUUCUACGAACCGGACGUGAAAAAACGAACGACUAUUCGUCACCGACAUUGGCAGUAAAACGACAAAUAUCACGCGACUAUUAUCUUCCGUUGUCACAGAUCGAGAAAAUAUAUUUUAUUAUAAUAUUAUGUGCGUGAUCGACAGCGGCGGCGGUUACGCUUUCGACCAACAACAACAGCACCGUCGGCACCACCAGCAGCAGCAGCAACAACAACAACUUCGACAGCAAGCGGCCACGGUGGACGAACGUGACGGCAGUGGUGGUCGGCAGCGUCAUUCGGAAAAGUUCGCCGAGACCGGUACGGGGGCCACCGAAGUCGUAGUCGUGCCGCCGCCGUCGUCUCAAGUACAAGUGUCCUCCAAUUCCAUACGCGCUGGGCAGCUCAUUAACGUGUCAGGCGCUGGCACGUUAAACGUUAUUACCGCCGACUCGUUGCAGCUUUCGGAAUCAAAUGAUUUCAAACCUCUCUUGUGCGUGGAUAACAGUUGUUUAAAUUGUGAUACACACACUCAAGUUGAUGGUGAUACCUGGCAAACUGUAGUUCGAGCCAAAGAUGUCACUUUCAAAACUGCUUAUAUUGUACUUGGACCAGAUAACUCGACCACUAAUAAUGUUCACAAAGAAGAGACUGAUCAAGGUGUAUCAUCCUCAAAUACAGCACCUUGUUAUUCAUAUGCCGAAGCUGCCAAGUUGUCAGUAUUACCCGUACGAUGCAAAACCACCAACGCAGAGCUACAUAAAAAAAAAUUUGGUUCUGGCUGCCGAGGCAAAUGUAUUAAUUUUGGAAACCAAUGGUACACACCUAGUGAGUUUGAAACCCUUUCUGGGAGGGCUUCUAGUAAGGACUGGAAAAAAAGUAUACAAUUUGGUGGCCGUAAUUUGCAAACAUUAGUAUACGAUGGAGUUUUAUUACCACAUGCUAUGAGUUGUACAUGUGCAGUCUGUUGUGAUGACAAAGCUGCUACUGGCCCCAUACGACUGUUUACUCCAUACAAACAAAUACGUACCAAAAAACAUUCGUCUAGUCAUUCAAAAAAGAAAAAAAUUGAAGAUUGUAUGAAUGAUGAAGAUAGUUGUGAUAGCAGUAUAGGUAUAUCAUUAGACAAUGUUGAUAUCGAUAUAAAAGAUAAAGAAUCCAUACUUCAACAGACGGGUGAUAUUUCUCAAGCUGAAAUUGUUCAAUUAAAUGAUUCAAUAGAAGAUAUGUUUAAAAAGUUAGAAAAUAUGUCAUCGAGAAUGAUUAAAAUGGUUCACCAUUUUCGUAACUCUAUGCGUGUUGCUAAGUACAAAUGGAAUACGGAAAAACAGGAGUUGUUAGCAGAACUUAAGAGGGCCAAUGAGAAUUCUAUAGAAAAUAGGAAUGAUUUUGACGUGGAGACAGUUUCAAGUUUUGCGGCAGGAUUACAGCCAAAUAAUGAUGUUAUACCAGAUGUUAAAAAGUGUGCCAACUGCAAUAGAGAUUCAUUUGCAAAAUAUUCAUUAUGUCGACGCACAUCAUAUUGCUCUACGUUUUGUCAAAGUAAAGACUGGAACAAUCAUCAAGUAAAAUGUCACAACUCGCAGGGGAACAUUAUGUGCAUUGUACAAACUCAAGAAUGAAUCAUAGUUUAGAUUAGUAUUUUUAACCUCUAUCAUAGAGUGGAAUAUUUGUUAAAGAUAAGUGAAUGUUAUGGUUUCUCAACAAAAAGUGUUUUAAGUUACAGAUGUAUUCAUUUUUUUAUUUGAAAACUGAUGUAAAUACAAUAUCAAGUGGAAUGAUUAUUACAUAAACAUUAUUUUAUAAUCAACGACUGAUAAUAUAAUUUCAAAUAUAACAUACUUUAUUUGAAAAUAUGAAGA